AUGGCGUCGCCUUUCAUAAGGCCGCCUCGCCUCAAGGAGAUUUUACAAACCUUAGUCUCACUCAAACUGCAUCAGAAGCUCAGCAGCUACUCAGCAGGUCGCCUUCGGCUCCACUGCGUGGUGAUGGCGACCGGUGGGGCUCCGCCGGCCAGUGACUCGAGCCUCCGACCCGGGGAAGGAAAAAAGAAAAAGAAGAAGAAAAGGAAAAUCUGGAACACAUACCGCUCGCCAUCGCCGUCACUGGUUAGCUGCCGGAAUAUUGUCGCCGUCGCCGGUGGAACAGAAGGCACAUGGGUCAACGGUAUGACCAUUGUCGCUCGCCUCACGCCAUUUCCGCUGCUGAUGACAACAACUUUAGUAAUGCUCAUGGUGCAAGUCGCUCGCUGGAGUUUUUCCCCAACCACGGUCCACAGUCGCUCUCCAGCUGCAAACCUCGCCGAAUUCAAAGAUCUAAAUGAUGUUACUCAGUCGUCGCCCACCAUCACGAACACCGCCGCCGUGCUGGACUCCGUGCAGAACCUUCGAUGGUCGCCACUGUCCAUUGAUCGAAGCCAGAACCCUUUUGAUCUUCGCUCCUUUGCCGUCAACCAUUGCAUCUUCUUAGUAUUGAGAGAAUCUAGAGUUGUUCAGUCAGCUCGGGUAGGCCAGUCCAGGAGAGCUCCAGUCUGUCCAGAAGUAAGUAACCUAGUCAAGGAGCUUGUAUUCGAGCUCAAGGUCAUAAGACCUGAGAUCAGGUUCAACCUCCGGAGGAGGUCAGGUUCGACCUCGGCUAAGUCGCAACAAGCAAGUCAGGAGGUCGUGGUUACGCCUGGAGACCUAAGGGCUUCAGAUUCUUCCAUUUCAGUCAGUGAGUCUCUCUUAUCAUCAAGGGUUGUUCCCCACCAAAAAGAAGCAGCCAAGGCCUCAAGCUUCUUGAUUAACCCUGCAGGAAACUUAUGUGAGCUAUAUGCUCAUAUUAGCUUUAUGGAAGUUAAGCUGAGGGAGAGAGACGAUCAUCGCCCACUCUCUAUCCAGCACGUCAUGGAUGCCGUGCCGGAAUGCAAAAACAAGAAAACUAUGCGUACCGUCAUCGGCCCGCAGCUCAACGGUAAGAUAAUGGAGGUUUUGAUGGAUGAGGGUGUUGCUUUCGAAGAGGAUUACCAAACUAAAGGCAGGUGGAAUCCUCGUAACCAAGAGAAGUUUCUGCUGAGGCGACGACGCGAGAAUUUGAGCGUUGUGAAGAAGUUGUUCGGUUAUAACAUAGACAGACAACCUUCGGCAUCGGGCGAGGCAUUCAAUUUCGCUGAGUCGCUCAGACAUGAGCUGCAGAGAACGCUGUUGGUUGCUAGACGUGGUGGUGGGCGAGGACGUGGACGUGGAUGUGGUGGUGGGCGAGGCUAUGGAACACACGAAGGGAUGGAAUACUUUGAAAUUAUGAGCUCAUGGGGAGGCGGUUGGUCGGACAAUGGUUUUGGGAGGAUUGUAGCAGAUGACAUUCUUGAAGCAUAUGACUAUGAGGUGGCAGUCGAGACCGAGUUCGAGGUCGAUGUCGCGCUUGAGGACGGUGUCGAGGUCGCGCUCGACAGUGAGGUCCAGGUCGAGGUCGAGUAG